GGCGCGCUGUGUCUGCCGUCCGGAUAACGCGGCGCGAUGUUUACCGCCUUUUAAAAUCCUCGAUCAUAAAUGAUUUCGGUUCCGUAUUUAUCGUAAAAGUUAACACGCCACCUACGAGUUUACGGAACUAAAUGUUAAAAAACAUCGCAUCACUCGUGAAGUUAAACGCACGCACGGCUGCGUCCAAGUCAAACAAUAUUUAAUUUUGAAUCAUUGAACAUUCUAAAUUAAAACAACAAAAAAAAAAAACUUUGUAAUUUCGUAUCGAUAGGCAAUCUAACGUAACCGUACGUGUAACAAAACACAAUUGUGUAAGUUAAUUUAUGAUUGACACAUUAAAAAAAUAAUCAAAAACAGAACUGCAAGUGGAAAUCGGUGAGAAAUAAAAUGAAUAAUAAAUUAUGCGCAUAAUAAAGUGCUCGUGAUUCUCAAGUGUGUGCAAAAUGGCGACCUGGAUUUGGUUGGCGGCAUUGUUCUGUGGGACGCACGCCGCAGUGCUACCACCACCGUGGGCGGACGUCAGAAGGAAUCCCUGCGCCGCUCAUCCGAGAGGUUGGCUUAUGUUAUACUGGCCGAUCGAUGGAAAAUGCUAUACAAUUUAUCAGAAAGGUCACCCGUGUCCCGAAACCCAGGAACUCAGUCCUGGUCGCUGGGGCGGAAGGACUAUAGCAGAAUGCAAGUGUCCGCCUGGGACGGCCCAGCUGCCGCAUACAACGACAUGCCACAAGCUAUUCGAACGAGGUCCUUGCAGAGCCGGCGAGUACUUCGCUCCAGUCGAGGAGUCCUUCAACAAGCGAGGUGAACGCCAAGGUAUGUGCGUGAGGCCGCAGCAGUGCGCCGACGAAACCUUGCUGUACUGGCCCGCUGAUGGGAAGUGCUAUUACAGGCUCAGUCAGGGCCCUUGUUACCCAGGUGCCAUAUUGGAUAUCGGAGACGAUGGACUGGCGAACUGUACGUGUGAUCCGGAUAGUAGAAACUUCUGGCCGCUAGACGGAGGUUGCUAUGCGCAUUUCACCCGGGGACCCUGUGACAAGGGCCUGUUGUAUCUGCCGGGACCAAGAUGUGGCUGCGAGAGCCAUAUGCCGCAUUAUCACAACGAGACCGGGGGGUGUUAUGAACUGGAUUCCGUCGGCCCGUGUCCUCGAGGCCACACCUUCAGGAUAACACAAGUGACAGCCCAAGGAUCUAAAGCGGAGUGUAAAUGUAAAUCGUUCCACGCUAGAGCCGCUGACGGAGCUUGCUACAGACUCUACACCAGGGGACCUUGCGAACAGGAUGAAAUGAUAGCGCGAGGGGGGCGAUGUAUCAAGGUUCCGUGUGCGAGAGGUCGGCUGUACGUCCCAGAGAGGCGUCGAUGCUACCGGCCCGGCACGCCCGAGCCGUGUCCGGUCGGGGAGGUCGUCGCGUUCGACUUCGACGCCAGACCAGCGCUGGACGGGCUCAGCCAUAACGGAGUUUGCGUCUGCGGCAGCGGGUCUUGUAACAGAAAAGAGGUCGAAGCGUGUACCGCCCGCAAAGGGACCGCUGCGUAUGGCGGCGCUUGUCACAUCCUCAACACUCAAGGUCCCUGCCCGGACGGAUCCUGGCUCGUCAAGGAAGGAACCGGGAAAGUCAAGUGUCAAUGUCGCCCUGGUCGUGUCCCUCCGGAGUGUAACGGAGACAUCGACCCUCAAGCUAAGAGCUGACACGCAUCGAGGACGAGGUGUGCGAAUUGAUCUCCAAUUUAACAUUUAAGUUUGAGCACAAAAAUUAGGCUGAACUGGAAAAGGUUUAAUCGAAUUUAUCAAAUUCGAAAAUUUCUACUUUUCGUAGUUAUGCCCUUUUCCACAAUAGGGCGCAAUAUGCGACUUCUUAAAUUUAAGACUAGCUUUUGCCUGCGACUACGUCCGCGUGGAAUAUUU